AUGACCCCCGCAGUGCCUACUCUCGAGCUCACUCCGAUUGAGAGCACCCUGCGAACUCUCCUCCUCGAUGUCGCAAACUACAUUCGCGAGAAGAAAUUGUCCGAGGAAGGCCAAGAGGCCCCCGAAAUUAUCUUGCGAUUCACGGGAGGCUGGGUCAGGGACAAGCUGCUUGGAGUUGGGAGCCAUGAUAUCGAUGUGGGAAUUAGCAGUAUGACUGGGUUCCAGUUCGGCAUGGCCCUGAAAGACUAUUUGGACGUCCCGGAGCGACUCGAAAAGUACAAGAAAAGCCUACCAGACGGGGAAAUGCAUGACGCGAUUGUGAGCCUUCACAAGAUUGAGGCCAACCCGGAGAAAUCCAAGCACCUGGAGACUGUCACAACUAAGAUCUUCGGCCUCGACAUUGAUUUGGUCAAUCUACGGAAGGAGACAUACUCAGACGAUAGUCGCAACCCACAGAUGGAGUUUGGUACUGCAGUUGAGGACGCUUUGAGACGGGAUGCAACUAUAAAUGCGCUUUUCUACAACCUCAACGAGUCACGGCUGGAGGAUCUCACUGAACGGGGACUGGAUGACAUGAAGAAGCAGACCAUUCGAUGCCCCAUGGAGCCAUACCAGACCUUCAAAGAUGACCCACUGCGCGUGCUUCGAUUGAUCCGGUUUGCAAGCAGACUAGGAUACCAGAUUGACCCCGAAACAGAGGCUGCUAUGCAGAUCGAAGAUAUCGGCGAAGCACUGAAACUGAAAAUCAGCAAAGAGCGCGUGGGAGCCGAGCUCGAAAAGAUGCUACGUGGGCCUGACCCCCGCGGUGCAUUGGAGUUCAUCGACCGCCUUAAGCUGUUCACCACGAUCUUGGCUAAUCAUCAAGAUGACGCCAAGGCCAAUACAUCAACAUGGCCUCUCGCAUACAACACGCUGGCACGGUUGUUGCACCCAAAGCCCGACGACAGCGAAGAGGUCCAGGCCGCUGCGAAACGCAUUCGUGAUAUUACCAUUAGUGACGAAACCAGCUACUACGCAUGGAUGGUUGCGACCUUUGCUCCUUGGUCCUCCAUCCCCGGCCGUACAGUCAAUGGCGCGAAUACAAAGCCAAUUCCCCCACGAGCAGUUGAGGUCGGAAGAGACAGUCUUCGCACCGAUAACAAGACGCUCAACGUACUUCGCGCCGCGUCUCUGCAUUUCGAAGAAAUUAUUACGACCAAAACCGCACUUCUUGCCAAUAAAUUGAGUGGAACACCGGCAGAAAUCCGACAGCGCAUUGGAUUGCAAAUCCGCACGUGGAACAAGGACUGGAAACUCUGCAUUAUUCUUGCCAUGAUGCAAGAAGCCAUGAAAAAGCGCGACUUUGCAGACGUGGUUGCCGAGUACGACCAGUUCCUUGCAUACAUCGUAGAAAACGACCUGGAGGAUGUGUGCGACCUCCGACCAAUUGUAAAUGGCGAUGAAAUUAUGAAUAGCCUGAAAACCAAAAAAGGUCCGUGGAUGAGCAAAGCAGUGAAUAUGGCACUUGAAUGGCAAUUGCUGCAUCGUGAUGUCGACAAGGAACAGGUGCUGGCAGAGAUCGCAGGUCGACGAGCAGAGUUGGGGUUGUAA